CUGUCAGCUAAAACCAAAAAUGCUUUCGGCUCCAAGUAUCCAACCCAACCCACCAAUUGCAGACUCAAUCCAUGGCGACACUCUCCGCUAUCCCCAACCCCACAACUUCUCAGUACACCCUUCUCCUCCAUUCAGCAAAUUUAACCAACAAAGCAGGGUUUAACUCUUUCCCCACACCUCUCUUUCAACUACCCAACCGGCAGCUAAGGCAACUCACCAAGAGGCAACAUUUCUUGGCUCCUUGCUCCACUCAUGACGUCGGUGGAGGUUUCCGUUUGCCAAUUGAUGAAUUUGAUGCCCAAACAACUACUACUAGCAGUAACGAUGCGAAGCAAGAAGACCAGAAAUGGCACCCAUCCCAGUAUGAUGCCCUGCUUAAAGGUGGCGAACAGGUUACCUCUGUUCUUCAAGAGAUGAUCAAGCUCUUAGAUAAUAUGAAUAUGGAUGAGGCUUCUGAGGAGGUGGCAGUGCAGUUGGCUGCGCAAGGAGUUAUUGGGAAGAGAGUGGAUGAAAUGGAGACAGGCUUUAUGAUGGCUCUUGAUUACAUGAUCCAGAUUGCUGAAAAGGACAAGGAUGAUAAACGUAAGUCACUUCUGGAGGGGAUCAAGGAAACUAUAUUAUCUCAUCUCACCAAGAAAUGCCCCCCACAUGUCCAAGUGGUAGGCUUGCUUUGCCAAACUCAUGGAAAAGAAAGCAGACAAGAACUGCUCAGACGAGUUGCAGCAGGGGGUGGUGUAUUUCAAAGUGACAAUGGCCGCACAAAAGUUCACCUUCCAGCAGCGAACCUGAAUGAUAUAGCUAACCAGGCUGAUGACCUUCUGGAGUCAAUGGAAACCCAUCCUACUAUUCCUGAUCGCAAAUUACUUGCAAGACUUGUUUUGAUACGAGAAGAAGCUAGGAGUAUGAUGGGAGGAGGUAUACUAGAUGAAAGAAAUGGCCGUGGUUUUAGUACGCUUCCUGAAUCAGAGGUCAACUUUUUAACCAAGCUUGUUUCUCUAAGACCAGGAAAAACGGUUCGUGAGAUGAUAAAAAAUGUUAUGCAAGGAAAAGAUGAGGGCGCCGAUGAUUUCAGUGGUAAAAAUGCCACGGGGAGUAGUACCUCAACUGGAAUUGCAGGAAAGGGUAGUGUUUCUGGUGUCAAACCAUUGCCAGUUCGCCCUGGCAUGUUUCUUGAGACUGUUACAAAGGUGUUAGGUGGCAUAUAUUCGGGGAAUGUCUCUGGCAUCACUGCUCAGCAACUAGAGUGGUUAGCUUGGGCAUAUGCUUCAUUUGUCUACUCUUCUGGAUUACCUCCUGCAUGUUUUUCUAUUUACGUACUUGAAGAUACAAGUCUAGCAGGGAACACUUGAUAUUGAUUGUGACUAUAAUACAUGGAUUCUAAUGACACUUGUAACAAUUUUUUGAUUUUGAUUAUAGGGAGUGAUUAGGAUAAUAUGAAAUCCAUAUUUUUUUUUUCUCGUUUCUAUGAUUGUGGACGGAUGGAAGUUCUUAAGAUGAUUGUAAUUAGUACAUAAUCAAUGUCGAUGAUAAUAUUUUACAUA